AUGUCUUCAUUAGACUCCGUUCAAUUGAAGCCCUCACAGAGGCAACCAUUGCUCAAGUCCCGCGCUCAGAGAUCACACUCGCUCGAGGCUAGCACGACGAAGUCACACCCCAGAGAUGACGCACUCAAGGGCACGGAAAACGCCAGCCUGUACUUUGUCGGCACCGCCACGACAAUACUCGAGUGGGAAGGCAUACGGCUCAUGACGGACCCCAACUUUCUACACGCCGGCGACCAGGUCCAUCUUGGACCUGGUGUCACGGCAGAGAGACGCACCAACCCUGCCCUGGAGCUGGAUGAGCUGCCUUCGCUGGAUGGGAUUCUGCUAUCCCAUUACCACGAGGACCACUUUGAUCGAGAUGUGGAGGACGCGCUCGAUCGCAACUUUUUGAUUGUGACCACGCCCCAUGCACGCCAGUGCCUGACGGCCAAGGAUGAAUCUUUCUGCAAUGUACACGCCCUCGACUUCUUUCAGAGCCUGCUCCUGGUGGGUGAUCGAGCGGACAAGAACGAGACUCGGCCCGUGAUCAAAGUGACGGGCAUGCCUGGCAAGCAUAUCCCUUCUGGUUUCCUGUCUGCUGCCAAUGACCUCCUGGGGGCUGUACCGCCAACAAACGGGUGGAUGCUCGAACUGGGCCAUGGCAAGGGACAGCAGCAGGGUAGCAAUGCUGAACCAGGGGUGGGCUACCGGAUCUACAUCUCGGGCGACACACUCUUCGUCGACGAUCUGAAGCGGAUUCCCGAGUGGCUGAACGGCGAGAAGAUUGACCUGAUGCUCAUCCACCUGGGGGGCACAUCGAUCCCCAGUGCGUCCGCGCCCCUGGUGAUGGUGACCAUGGAUGCGGUGCAAGGCCUGAAGAUGAUGCGGCUGAUGGACCCGGAUGUGACGGUGCCUAUUCACUUUGACGACUACAGCGUGUUUGCGUCGCCAUUGAACGACUUUAAGAAGGAGGUGCAGGGGGCGGGCAUGGAGGGGAGGGUGGUGUAUCUGGACCGAGGGGAGAAGUAUGCUUUUACCGUGAGGGACUGCGCUGCAGGUGCUCGUUGA